UUUUGGCAUGAUGGCUCUCCUUUCUUUCUGGAGCUUUAUACUAGUAGGUUGCUUUGCAGUUUCUUUAGCUGGAGCUUCCAGUCUUUCAGAGCUGUAUCCUGCACUAUGGGAAGAGAGUCCUGGGCAAUUCAGUGACUUCAAAGUGGAGAACAACGUGUACAUUAUUAACCCAUGGGCAUACCUUGACAGAAUGGGGAUGUAUAAAAUCCUACUGAACAAUACAGCCAGGUACUUUGAGAAAUUUGGACCAGAGAAUGAACAAAACAUUUUAUGGGGAUUACCCCUACAGUAUUCGUGGCAACAUAAAACAGGCAGGCUAGCUGAUCCCAGCAAAAGGACAUCCUGUGGCUACGAAUCUGGAGAUCCUUUGUGCAUUUCCGUGGACAGCUGGUGGGCUGAUGUGAAUUAUUUUCUGGGUGCAUUACCCUUCCUUGCUGCGGUUGAUUCUGGCAUAUUGGGAGUAUCUCCAGACCAAGUUAAACUUUUGCCACCUCCCAAGGAUCAGAUGAAGUUUUGUUAUGAUGUUUCCAGCUGUCUUCUAUCUUUUCCUGAGAAAAUGACCAAGUGGAAUCUGUUUUACCAGUAUAUGCAAUCACCUUCUAGUAACUUUGAUGGCUUGUUGAAACACUUAUGGGAUGCGCAUUCCGCAAGUUUGGAAAAUACAGGUGAUCGUUUUAAAGACAGAUAUGCCUAUUAUUCUAAACCAGAAGAAGAGUUUGGUAAAAACUGGACAUUGAUUGUGGAAUAUUUAGCUGCAUCUCGGUUUCCUACAACCAUGAUUAGAGUGCAUGAAGCCCAGAAAGGCCUGCCACCACGAAUCCUUCUUGAUACUGAUGUAGCCCCAUUCAUCAGUGACUUUACGUCUCUUCAGAACACAUUGCUGUCAGGUGUAAAUAUUGUUUCCAGUACACAUAAACUGACAGGUUCAUCAUCUUUGACUCUAUGGAAAUUGUUAAUGAAUACGCAACUUGCAAGGAGAGUCAUUGUAGAGAUAGUUGAUAGAUUUCUUUUCAUUGUAAAUUAAAAGUUCUGAAGAUCAUCAACAGAUUAAAAAUGAAUGUAUCUAAAUUUUUCAGAACUAAUAAUGUCAAAAAUUCAGGUUAAAAUUAAAAUCAGUACAAUGAUCAUUUUUCCAAUUACAUAGUUAUAAUUUUUGAAAUAAUCUAUUCUGAAGAUAUUUAAGAUCAAAAUAAAUUGUAUUUUUCUCCCCCCCAAAAAAGAUAACUGAGAAGUUUAGUAUCAGAAUUCUACAUAUAUGUCUCUGAAGUUGUUAUCCUAUGAAAUCUAAUGUCAUAAAAUUUAGAGCACUAUAACUUAUUGAUUUAUAAUUAAAAACCAGAGCAUGUUGAAAAAAAAA